AUGGGCGAAGUCUGUUCCAGCAAAGUAUAUCGGAAUGGAAUGACACAAACGUUGGAGAGGAUGUUAGUCCAUCUAUGUCUUGAAAGUGGGGAGAAAGUGCGAUUAAGUGCCUUUGACGAUCAUGCGUCGUCAUUGGAGAAGGUUUUCAGCGAGAAAGACGGAGGGACUAACAUAUUGCUAGCUACAAAUCUGAACCCAAAGUUGUUUGGAGAGGAAGACUUAGCAACAACUAAUCAGUUUGCUGAUAGGCUAAAGUGGAAAGCAAAAGCAGACGCUAACCCAAUUUCAUCAUUUCAUGGAGUAUCGAAGAUUGAACAAGUGUCCAUUCAUGAUCUGAAUCAGUUUGUUGCAACUGGAAAUCCACAGGAGGUAGAUUUCCUAUGCAUCGCAACAGUGACGGACAUUCAAACUCAGCAUGGGUGGUAUUUUAUUUCAUGUGCUGCUUGUGGGACAAAAAUGCUGCAGAAAUCGUCGUCUCUAACAUGCAAUAACUACAAAUGUGGCUCAACUACCGCUGUUGGAGAUGUGAAAUACCGUGUGGAACUGGUUGUGGACGUCGGCAUAACCACCGGCGUUUUCGUAGCCUUUGAUAAGGACAUGGUGAAGCUAAUCAAGAUACAGACAUCCACACUCUCUUCUCAGAUGACUGACGGCGAAUUAAUCUCAGACUCUUAUGCUCCAAUACCUCAAAAAAUCUUGGAUAUUGUUGGAAAGAAAUUUACUUUCCAGAUUAAGCUGACUGACUUCAAUUUCACUCCUCACCAUCAGUCAUUUACUGUAUCACGUAUUUAUGAGACUAUUGAGGUGCCUCCUGGUCCAACCUUCCGUCAGGCACAAACUGGAGAUAAUCUGAAUUUAGGUGUUACUGGGUGUGCUAACAUUCCAACUGAGCCAAACUUGAGAAGCACAUCCUCUGCAGUAGAUAAGACAUCAAUUGAAAACACCUCUGGUUCUGGAUAA